AUGGGCAAGAGAGCGAUAAAGAAGUCGGUGACAGAGUACAAGUGCGAGCGACUCAACCAGAUCGUCAAAGUGGGCGACACAGUGAUGCUGCGCCCGCCCGCGGAGGACACCCCGCCAUACGUGGCGCGCGUGGAGUCCAUCGAAGUCGAGCGCGCGGACACCAAGGUCCGCCUGCGCUGGUUCUACCGCCCGGAGGAAUCCCUGGGCGGGCGGCGCAACUUCCACGGGUCCAAGGAGCUGUUCCUAUCAGACCACUUCGACGUGUGCAGCAUGGAUGCUGUGGAGGGCGUGUGCCGCGUGCACUCCUUCAAGAGCUAUGUGAAGCUCGCGGCCGUGGAGGCGGAGGAUUACUUUUACCGGUUCGAGUACAAGGCUGCUACUGGGACAUUCAAGCCCGACCAUGUCGCUGUGUACUGUGUGUGUGAGAUGCCCUAUAACCCCGACGAUCUCAUGGUGCAGUGCGACAGCUGCAGAGACUGGUCCGUCCCUUCCCCCAUCCUUCUCUCCACCUCCUCUUCUCGCGCUCCUCUCUCGCCCCUCUUCCUCUCUCGCCCCUCUUCCUCUCUCGCCCCUCUUCCUCUCUCGCCCCACUUCCCCUCUCGUCUUUCCUCUGUCUGCUCUGUCCUCUGCCCCCCUUCCCUCGCCCCUCAUUUUCCUCGUUUCACUUCGUCGUUUCCUCCUCCCUUUCCCUCCUCCCUUUCGUCGUCCCUUUUCUUCUCCCCCUCCCUUUGCCCCAUUCCUUUCCUUACUCCUUUCCCUCACACGUUACCAUCCUCUAUUCCCUCCUCCCCUUCGCCCCCUCCUCUUUCCACCUCCGUUCCCCUCCAUUUUUCUCCUCUCGAUUUCUCCUUCCUUUCCUCGUUUUCCCCCUCCCUUUCUCACAUUCUCCCCUCGCUCUCUCUCCCCCCCCCCCCCUUCUCACACCCCACCCCUCUCACACCCCCCACCACUCUCACACCCCCCUCCCCUCUCACACCCGCUCUCCCUCUCACUCCCUCCUCCCCAUCCCCUCACACGCACACCCUGGGCGGGCAGGUUCCACCCGACGUGCAUCCACCUGACGCCAGAGCAGGUGAAGAAGAUGACGCAGUUCGUUACACUCACUGGAGAGCGGAACCCGAAGCGUUCAAAGCGGUGACCCUCCAGACCGCUCCCUCGUGCAAGCGGGAGGCACUUGGGGGGGAUGGGGGGGAAGGGGGGAAGGGUGCUCAAGUGGUGACCCUCUCGCACACACAUCAUGCUCUCUCCGUGUCCUCUCUCUGA